GGACAGCUCUUACCUCGAUGUAAAUGUACGAAAUGUAGAAGAAUUGGUGCCUCAGUUGAGGAGCAACGAAACGUUAGUAAUGUACAUCCAUGGUUUUAAGGAAAACGUGGAUUAUGCGGGUCCUAAACUUGUAUCUGAAGCGUAUUUGAAGUACACGACCGAGAAUAUAAUUGCUAUCGAUUACCGAGAGAUCGCUAAUAUGAGCUACUUGAGCGCCGUUUCAUUAGUUGACACUGUCGGUGCGACUGUAGCUAAUGCAUUAGACACUAUAGUGGCUUCUGUAGUGAACGCUACAGAUGUACAUUUGAUCGGACACUCCUUGGGCAGUCAAGUUGCAGGAUCUGUGGCGCGUCAUACAAAUUUCAGAGUUUCCAGGAUAACAG